UGAUAAUAAAGACAUCCUAAAUUUUUAAAUCAGAACCCUCUCAAAUGUUUGAAAUGACAAUGCAAUAUUGACUGAAUACCGCUUUUUGUGGGGGUCUUUGACACUGCAGCAAAGAAGCAUUUCCUCGUAACAGGCAUCCACAGAAAGUUAUGAAAUCCUCACCACUAUAUAAGCACCCGUUGGCCAGCAAGAAUGUGGGGUUUUUUAACUAGAUUGAUAAGAAAAUGACUUCAUUUCCUGUUGUCUUCUAAGUAGCUAUAUCUUCUAUAUAGCACUCAGUAUGUGCUGUAUCAGCCUCUUAGUUUGCAUCCUGUCAUAAGAUCUCAGAGGGUAAGCAGUCUUGUCCCUUUUUUGAUAUGCAAUAAAAACAUAAUAGAUUUUACAAUUUAUUUUAUUUACCUUGAAACUGUUCUCUUUUUAUCUUUACAAGUUGUUGAAAUUUAAACCAGAGUAUUUUGUAAUCCUAUUAAAAAUGUUUAUUUCGAUAUUCUGAGCUUUAUGAAACUCACUACGAUGAAAAAAAUACUCCUACAAAGUCAUCAACAUGUUACUACAAUAUUGGACAUGCUGUACUUCAGAUUUAUGCUGAACGCACGGGAGCACCGUAGUGGCGACUGAAAUUGCUGCCAACCAAGCACUUUCGCUUCCCCUCUAAUUGUGGAGGAUCGUUUUGUUAAACCAGUUUCUUAUGAGCUGAAUCUACAAAUGUUCACUUUUGAUUAUAAGAUCUGUAAGCAGUUUCCAUAGACCAAUUAGAUGUUUAGCAUGCUGUAUGCAUGUGUAUGAUUUUGAAUAUUUUUUCCAUUUGGAGUACAUCAGUCAUGCACUGUCUGUCUGGCAGAUGUGUAUGACUGCAGACGUGUUUUUAAAAAUAUAUGUUACAAUUUCCCUCGUACAGUCAUCAAUUCCCACUAUGUUUGUAUCUGUCUAAACUUUGCAAAGAUUCAGUUCCUGAAAUGCUUACUUCUGCUUUUUGAUCCUCUACCAUCUGGACAAGAAACUGUGGAAAAGGAUAUCUACGUGCUUAUGAGCAGUGUGCUCUCUGCUCUGUGAAAUUCAAGUGUUCUGCUGCCUCCAACUUCGCUGCAAACAUGGAUCAAGUCAUGACAACCACAGAAGAUUACUGGCCGGGUGAUUAUGAUGACGAGAAUUACACACUGCCCCCUGAAACCAGUGGAGUUAAUGCAGCAGCCCCAUGUAUACAGGAGGACAUCUAUGGUUUUUCACACAAGUUCUACCCUGUUGUAUACAGCCUGGUGUUUGUCUUGGCUUUUAUCGGCAAUGUGCUGGUGCUGUGUGUGAUCAGACGCUACAGAAACUCUCAGAGUGGUGGAGCUUGUGCCUUCUCUCUGACAGAUACCUUCCUCCUUCACCUGGCUAUUUCUGACCUCCUGCUGGCCUUCACUCUGCCCCUGUUUGCAGUGCAGUGGGCUCAUCACUGGGUGUUCGGCUUGGCUCUUUGCAAGAUCUCCGGUGCCCUUUUCUCCCUGAACCGGUACAGUGGCAUCCUGUUCCUGGCCUGCAUCAGCUUUGACCGAUACCUGGCCAUCGUUCACGCUGUCAGCUCAGGCUGGAAGCGCAACACCUGCCACGCCCAGUUUGCAUGUGCUGUUAUCUGGGUGGUCUGCCUGGGCCUGAGUGGAGUCGAUAUUGCCUUCAAACAGGUAGAGGAGAUACACACUGUUGGCCACCGGGGGCCGCCCAUGUGCCAGAUGUGGUACACUGGUGACUCAACACAGUGGGAGGUGGGCCUGCAGUUGGUCAGUGUGAUUCUGGGGUUCGGGGUCCCCCUGCUGAUCAUGCUCUACUGCUACAUCCAGAUCUUCAGGUCUCUGUGUAAUGCCACUCGUCGUCAAAGGCGCAAGUCUCUUCGCCUCAUUAUCUCCUUAGUGUCUGUGUUCGUUAUCUGCUGGGCACCAUACAACUGCUUCCAGCUGGCAGAUAGUCUGCAGAGGCUGGGUGUGGUGAGUGGGGGUUGCCACUUUGGCCGCGUGGUAGACAUCGGGACUGUGAUCACUGAAAGUCUAGGCCUGUCUCACUGCGCCCUGAACCCGCUGCUGUACGGCUUUGUGGGGGUGAAGUUCAGGAGGGAGCUGGUCCGAAUGUGUAAGGGGCUGCUGGGACAGAGAGGCUUGCUUGGGAUGGAGGGUUGGAGGGAAAGGAAGCUUCGAAGAACCACACAAUCAUUCAGUUCUGCAGAAAGUGAAAACACCUCGUACUCUGUCAUGGUGUGAUAUCUGCUGGUGACAUGUGAAGAAAAAGGAAGACAUAGUGGGGUGGGUGUGAUAGCAGAAAGUGAACUGGAACGGAGUGAGGAGCAAAUAUACUGCAUGUCAGUAAAUGUUAUACUUUAAAAAAAUAUUCCCAGAAGAAUAAUGCUUCUCCUGUUAUGCAAGUCUUAUAUUGUUGCUUUGAUAUUGAGUUGUUGGUUCAAAGAAUGCUGUGGUAAAAUCAUUAGGUGGAGGUGGAGCACAGAGUAAAACAGAAACCCACAGCCUACAUCCUGAUGGGGUAACAAAACAUUUCAUGAGAACCUGUUUAUGUCAGAUCUCGUAAAGCAUCCACAUUUCAUCAUACCAUCCAAUAAAAAAGCUUAUUCAGCACUGAAGACGUAGACUGCUGCCUCAGCGCUCAGAUUCAUGUCACAUCUGUAACUCAUUGUAUUUUUUGUGUCAGAUUUCUUUCUCAAAUUGUUUGUGGUAAAACCCGUUUCAGCUCUUGAAAAUGACUGUGUAGAUUAAAACUGUAUGCACUGAUGUUCAUUUUAUAAUACUUUUUCCAUGAUGUAUAUAAGGCUUUUUGGUUCAACAUUCUCCGCUGUGUUGCAAAAGAGGAAAUGAAUGACUCACUUUGAAUUUUGUAUGUAACAUUAAAUACCAACCUCUUGUUGAAGUAAAAAUAUUUUUAUAUUCAAUGUUUUUAAUAAAAACAAAGUCUCAUGUCCACUA